AUGGCAAGUAGUGGUUUUAGCACCACAGUUAGUACAACUAAUUCUACUAAUUCUUCUGAAUCCGUUUAUGAUGGAGGAAUCGGUACACAAAUUGCUUUCGGUAUGGUUGCUGGUAUUUCCGUUGUUGGUAAUGCCUUAGUCUUCAUUGUGCUCAUGUAUAGCCGUAAAUUACGAAGUUAUCCGCACGGUGUUUUAAUUUGGAAUUUAGCUCUUGUCGAUUUUCUAACCGGCAUCUUUAUUAUCGUUACUCCGGAGCAUAUUAUUAGGGAUGGUUACAUUCAACCACCACCUGGUUUGGGUGCUCAUAUAUUUUGUGUGGCUAUUGGUUCAGAGGUAUUUACCUUUGGAUUUGGUUUUAUAUCCAUGUAUACAUUGGUAGUAUUAGGUAUUGAAAGACGGUAUGCCGUAGUCAAAGCCAAUCUGCAUCCUCGUUAUUUUACUUUAACUCGUACUCGAAUCAUGUUAGUCUUUGUCUGGAUUUGGGGUUUCGUCUUAGUUUUAGGCAACCUCUGGCAAACUCAUUAUUAUCCAGAUGAAAAUCCAUCAUGCGUAUGGAAAAAUUUACCUGAUGAAGCACUGCAUUUUACGAUUUACUCACUUUAUUUUUUCUUACGGUUUUUAUUACCGAUGGUAAUGAUAAUCGCAUGCUAUCUUAAUAUCUUGCGCUACAUGAGAACGACCAUUCGCAGCUUUUCUGAUCAAAUGAAACGCAACACGGCUGCUUAUAAAAUGAGAAACAAAAUUACCAUUACUUGUGCUGUGACAUCAUUAGCUUUCUUUCUGUGCUGGUUGCCUAAUAUCGUCUAUUUCACAUUAGCUAAUUUAAACCUUCUGAAAACGGGCAACGAUGGCCAUUUUCUUACCAAGUUACUUGUCCUACUCAAUUCUGCUAUUAAUCCGUUCAUUUACGCUAGCACUAAUCCUUAUUAUCGUCAAGAAUUUCGCAAAAUGUUGCAUCGAUUUCAAUGUCUAAGUAAUAAAAAACAUAAGCCUAACCCCGGAAUAACAAAUAGCUUUAAAAUUCCCGAAAUUAUUUUACCAAAUAAACAAACUGGAUCGAAUCCUGCAUUGGCAUAA